GACGGAGGUUUGGGGGGGAACAGGGCUCAGGGAUGUGGGGACAUCUGCAUUCCUCUCCUGGGUGAUUUGGGGCUGGGGCAGGACAGGCUGCCUGAGCGGUGGGGUCUCCAUCCUCAUACACCGCAGGAUGUGGGUGCCUGCAGGCGGUGCCAAACCCAGGUUCCCCUGUGGGACUGGGGUACCCCAUGCCCCACUUCCCAGCCCCACGGGGCAGAUUUCAGCCCAGAGGCUUUGGGGGUCCUGCCUGUCCCCAGCUCAACACAGGGGCUUCUGGGGUGGGUCAUGAUCCAGCCAGGAGCUGCUCAUGUCUAUUUUGGGGUUCUCUGCUCCCUGUGCUGUGCCAUAGGGACAGCCCUGGGCUGGGGAGGGCUGUGGGGGCACAGGCAGGAGAAGCCAGAGGCUCUGCCUGCCCUAGACCCCUUGAGCUGCCUCAACCCCAGUGCCAGCCGGGGAGCGCAUGUGCCCUGUGCCCUGCACCGGUGGCUCCUGUGGAGGCUAGCUCCAGCCCAUGCCAUGGGGACCCACACGGUACCCUGAGGAAGCCCGUGGCACAUUGUGCUUGGGGCGGCUGCCAGCUGUCCCUGUGCCCUGGCUGGGCAUCAGAGUCCCACUGUGCCCAGUGCUGGCACCCAUCACCGUCCAGCAGCGUUGUGACCAUCCUGCUCAUGGAGACACAAGGCAGAAGUGCUACCACCUGCCCUGGCCAUGCUUGCACGCAGGGCUGGGGCAGUGGUGCUAUGCCAGGGCAGGUCAUGUCCUGCGUCCGGGGGCACCAGGGUGCUGAGCAGCUUGUCUCGGGGUGCUGGCUCACCCUACCACGAUACUCUCUCACCCCACUGGGGCGAGCCGGCAGUUCCUGCCCCACCGGCAAUGCACACCAUAAUUAGUGCGGGCAGGGCGGAAGCAUCAGUGAUAAUUGUCAGUGACUCGUUAGCACUGGAGCGCUGCGUGCCUAGGGCACGGCAGGACUUUCCAGCAGGGCUGGUCUGCGAGGCCGGCUGGCAUCCCAGUGCACCGGCCGCGGUACAGCUGUGCGGGGCCUGGCUGGCUCCCAGCCGCCGGAGCGGAGCUGGGCGCGGGUGCGGGGGCGAGCGCCGUCAUUGCCUUCGCUUCGUGCCGCAGCACGCCCUGGCCCCGCCACCCCCUCGUAAAAGGCACAGCUGCGGGCUGGUGUUGGGGUGCUGCUGGCACAGACGGUGAGAGCGCAAGGACCAGGCAGAGGAGAGGGGAUAAAGGGGUGCCAGGGUGCCCCCUCGCUGGCCAGGCUUUCCCCACAGGUUUCCCACGUGAGCCCACACAAGGGGACUUGACGUGCGUGUUGUCCUGGUAGGGGUGGGCGCCCACGGCACCAUGAACCAGAUCGUGGUGUACGAGCGUGCCAAUUUUGAGGGGCUGAGCCGGGAGUUCACCUGCGACGUGCCCGACCUCCACGAGUUGGAUUUUGGGGAUUGCAUUGCCUCCCUGAAGGUGGUGGGACAGCCUUGGAUCGCCUACACGGACCCCAAGUACGAGGGAGAGCCACACGCCUUUGAGGAGGGUGAGUACCCCUCCGUGGGACGGCCCAACAGCUUCUCAUCACUGCGCCUUGUGCACCAUGACCUGGGGGACCCCCAGAUCAUACUCUAUGAGCGCCCCAACUUUCAAGGCGCCUGCAAGGUGGUGACAGAGGAGACCAACCUGGCGUACGGGUACUUCAACGACCGGGUGGCCUCCCACAUAGUGCAGCGAGGUGUCUGGCUGCUCUACCAGCAUCCCGGCCGGGGUGGCUGGCACUGCGUGGCAUGGCCCGGUGAGCGUCUUGCAGACUACAAACCUGAGCUGAACUUCCAGGCUCGGCUGUCCCACCUGCGCCCGCUGCGGCCCGGGCAGCCCCUGGUCUCAGCGCGUCUCCUCUGGGAGCAGAAGCGGGUGGAAGCGGAGCGGGAAGUGCUGGUGGAUGAGAUCGAAGGGGUGAAUGAGACUGAGUCGGAGCAGGUGCUGGCAGCCAGCAGCAGCAGGGAGUAUGGCACCACGCUCUGGCAGAGCUUCCACUUCAGCAACACCACCAGCCUCAAAGCCGGGCUCUCUUUCACGUUGACCGUGGAAGCCUCCAACAUCUUCACGGUGCAGAAAGGGCGCAGUGAAUCCAGCACCCGCCGGGAACGCGUGGAGGUGCAGCUGCCGGCAAAGAUCCCCCCACACACGGCACUCAGCAUCCAGGUCUUGCGGAAGGAGGUGACGCUCUCCAUCCCGGUGCUGCUCACCAUCACCCAGAACGAAACUGUUCGUACGGAGAUGGGCGAGUAUCGCAGCAUCUCGGGUACCAACAUUAGUGUCCGCUAUAGCCUGAAGUCUCUGCCAGCUGAAGGCAGGGAGCAGGCAGCUACUGAGGGGACAGAGCCAGUGCCUGGCACUGGGAUGGAGCUAUAG